AUGUCGGUAAUGAAGGCUAUCAAAUUUGUCUUCCGGAAAGAGGUUCCGCGGGUUGACCACAAAGCACUCCAACUACUCGCAUACCAAGCGGCAUGUCAAGCCAAAUUCGAGGACGCCCAUCUCACGAAAGAGGACAAGCAAAUCACGAAGAUCUUUGUGCGAGCCGGUUUCCAUUUCUCCACUAUGAUAGGCGGAGAGGUGCAAAUUGACAAGAGAGGGGAGCACUUCACCUUUUCUUUCAAGACGCGCUAUCUUGAGCGACAAGGGGAGCAUCUGACAUCCCACGGCUACGUCAAAAACAAAACCCAGCGGAAGGAACUGGACGAGCCAAUCUUUGCCAGGGCCAUCAGGAAGGACAGCGAUCUGAAGUGGGGUGAUGAGCGAGUGUGGCCUGAUGGGGAUAGGGGUCUGGUGGUGGUGCCUUGGGAGGAAGACUGA